UGAAAUGACAUGAAAUGGCCACUAACGGUGCCAGAUCCAGAAUCCCGUCUGACUGUCUUUCGUCUUGUGUAGGUCAUUUCCUCAUACUCCCUCUACUCAGUAGUCCGCCCAGUCAGCCAGUACAUGUGCAAUGUACAAAAAUGCAGGCGGGACAGUGAUACGGCACAUCAUCUGGGGUCCCGUUCCGGGGUCCUGAAUCGAGACCGGGAUACCUGGCCGUCCCCGAGAUCGGGAUCCGCUUUAUUUUUGCCGCGACCGGGGAAAGAUAACAAAACCCUCUUGUCAAAGGAGAGUCGAUGGUUUGUUUCAAGCAGGAGUCAUACACCGCUUUGCUUUUAUUUCCAUUUCGGUCUUCUUUCUUGACUACUUUUCUCUUUUCCUGUUUUGAAGUUUGUUUUGUUUGUCUGUUUGUUUGUGCUUCUCCGACAUCGUCGCCGUCAACUCGCCCGUCAGACAAGACACACAAGUGUCGUUCAAUCUCUUCUUGUCGCAAAGAGAGCGCACUAUUCACGCCAUUAAACACUUCUUGACAAAACACCGUCUUCGACCCACCCCAGAGCACAAACAACCAUGUCCGCCUCUCUGCCCGGCGCGCGCGCGCUUCCCGACUCGCAGUAUGACUUGAGCACCUACUGGGGCCGCGUCAGGCAUACCGCUGGCCUUACCGAUCCGAGGACGCUUCUCGUUGGCAAUGCCGGUCUCGAGCAAGCUAAGCAGCUCCUCGUCUCCUACAAGCAGGGACAGAUCAAGUCCAUGACGCCCGACUUGUGGCAGGCCAAGAAGCUCGUCGACUCUACUCUCCAUCCCGAUACCGGAGAAAAGGUCUUUCUUCCCUUCCGCAUGUCCUGCUUCGUCCUUUCCAACUUGGUCGUAACAGCCGGCAUGUUGACCCCUGGCCUUGGCAACCGCGGCACCAUCGCCUGGCAAGUAGCCAACCAAUCCCUCAACGUUGCCAUCAACUACUCCAACGCCAACAAGUCUUCCCCCCUCAGCUGGUCCAAGAUCGCCCAGUCCUACUUCCUUGCCGUCGGCGCCUCCUGCGGCGUGGCCGUCGGUCUCAACAGCGUUGUCCCGCGCCUCAAGUCGCUGGCGCCCUCGACCCGUUUGAUUCUCAGCCGUCUGGUUCCGUUUGCCGCCGUCGCCUCGGCCGGUGCCCUCAACGUCUUUCUCAUGCGCGGCGAGGAGAUGCGUACGGGUAUUGACGUGUACCCGGUCCUGUCGGCCGCCGACAAGGCCAAGCUGGUUGCGGAGGGCAAGGGCGAAGGAGACGUGGAGAGCCUGGGUAAGAGCAAGAAGGCGGCGACGAUUGCUGUGGCGGAGACGGCCGUCAGCAGAGUGCUCAACAGCAGCCCGAUCAUGGUUAUCCCCCCUCUUGUCCUGGUUAGGCUCCAGGCUACCCAGUGGUUGAAGAGAAACCCGAGGUACACGACCCCGAUCAACCUCGGUCUGAUCUUGGUGACCAGCUAUGCCGUGUUGCCGUUGGCGCUGGCGGCGUUCCCCCAGAUGCAGAAGAUCGAGGCGGAUAGGCUGGAGGGAGAGUUCAAGGGUCGUGGUGGUCAGGAUGGCUUGGUUGUUUUCAACCGUGGUAUUUAAGAGGCGGCAAAGGGGAGCCGGUAGGUUCUGGUGGCAUGGGUUAAUUCCCUUUGUCUUGAAGAUGGAGGACCGUGGAGGAGUGUGCACACAAUGGGCAGCAUAGCCUUGGAGUUUUCUUGUUCAUAUGGCAGCGGCAGCGGCGAAAAACGGCGGCGAUAUCCUGAAAAGCUAUGUUGAUUUGGUCAG